AUGAGGAUUUUGGCACUUGUCCUGGUCUGUGCGCUUUGUCGUCAGGAUGGGACGUUUGGAGGAUCUCUGCACGACUUCGGAUCCUCACAGUGGACACAUACGACAGGUCAAGGAGCUGCACGAUUUCUCCAGCUCCUCGAAGCCAAGAGAGGCGACGUAACCCAUCUUUUGACAGAGGACUCCAACUUGUGUCUGUCUUUGAGAGAAGACCAAGACCACCAGCAGCUCUUGUGCAACGACCAGCGGAGUAAAUUCAACUUCAACACGUUUGGGCUGCGCUUUGGAAAGCGUUACAGUACUUAUCCCCCCAAAGGGGCCAGAACAAGAAGGUUACGGCCCUUUUUUCUGUAUCCACGAGAACUCGAGGUGUCCUAAACCAGAGGUCCAAUCAUUUCCAUGUAGCUUCUGGUGAGGACAUUUGACAUUUCUCAGAUAUGUUGUUGUAUAGACUCUGUCAGUGUUCAAGUCCAUUUUGUAACAAGU